AUGCCAACAUUCGAUGCCAUCCUAGCUGUGCUCCUGGCCGCUCACCAAGUGAGUGCGGGCCCUAUCACUGUGGCAAAGCGAGGUGGUACCACUUCCACGACAUCCCUCAACCCGUACAGCAAGCCCUCGGGCGCACAUAUCAUCACCUUUAGCGGACUUACGAAAGCAUGGCCGACCGACUCUGAGUCGAGCGCCGGAUCCACUCACUGGCCUCCAUAUACUGUCGAGUGGAGCUGGCCCACCUCGCUGCCAUCUGGUGUCGCCAGCCCUGCCGGUACCGCCCCCCUUUUUUCUCUCCAUCCCGGAGGACCAAUCAUUCCGGCCUGUCCAGUAGUGAUAUGCUACUUCAGCGGUAGCGAGGUUUUUGAGCCUACUUCCGCAUGGGGCACACUAGCAUCUAGCGCUCCGACCGCCUCAAGCUCGGUCAGCGGCGCGACUUCUCCUGCGAGCGAGACAAGUUCUUAG